AAACAAAAAAAGUACCCCUUUCAAAACAAGAAAGAAGCAACCAUGCCAUCCUUCACCACCACCGCCCUCACCCUCGCCCUGGGCCUCGCAGGUCUUACAUCCGCCACUGGCACCCUCGAAUCGCGCCAAGCCAUGAACGUCAAACCAAACUGGAAGAUUGAUAACAAACUCAUCGGCUGCGGAGCGAACACCUGCAACUACUCGUUCGACAUCAACGCCGAAGAAUAUCGCGCCACCCCGGGUUUCAAUGUCAAGUGCGAAUCUGUGGUCCCUCUGAAGUAUGGACAGUACAUUCAAUGUAUCUUGAACGGAGCCACGUCUUCGAUUGUGCCGGGACGCGCAGUGACGAUGGUGUGGGCGGCGGUGUCUAUGGAUCCGAGCGAGACGCAGGAGAGUUACGUGUAUGCGUAUUUGACGUUUCAGAAUGAGAUGGGACAAACCGAGAACUGGAGCGGAGCUGUGACGGACAGCUACAAAGACUUUAGCAGCAACCCAAUCGACCCAAUCAUCGCCUCGAAAGUUUAAGCACGAAUCGAAACGUCGUGGUGGAUGAACUAAGGUCAUGGAGGAUGAUGAGCUAGCUGGUCGGGUGACGACAGGAUAAAUAAAUGAUUUCGGUUGUGGUUUGCGAUUGAUUCUUUUUUUGUUUUCCUUCAAAGAAGAGGAGGCGAUGUUGUACCUCUGUAGUGUUUUUUGGCUUGUUCAAGCAACCUGGUGCAUACCUAUGAAGUGGAACGGGGAUUCGAAACGGCCGAUUGUGCAUGUGUGUGUGUGUGUGUGUGCCUGUGUGCGCGUUCAAACAGAUCAGCUCGUACGAGUCGUCUUUUCAGCUUCAUGUAGAAUGGAUUUGCACUGCAAUAAACGUGUAGCUAGGUAGCUCUCUUUAAUCGUCGCUCACGUCUUCGCGUUGUUAUCCUCAUGCGGUAUUGUGAUACAACUCGCUUCUGAGCCUGCGCUGAGAGCUGCUCUCUGAUCGUCCUGUUGCAACACCAACUUCCUGGACAAUGCAAGCGGCAUUCAUAGUCCCACUUCCACCUUUUAUGCAUCGCAAGCAGAUACCGGUAGUGGAGGCAUUACAAUCUUGGCCUACAAGCUCCGGUACUGAAUAAGGUAGCGAGUGGUUCAAUCGCAUCUUCAGCAGUCUUGCGGCGUGUCAUACACUCCGUAAAACAGAUUUCUCGUGGCUGACACAUAUCGCAUGCUCAGUCUCGUCCUAAUAGUCCAUGAGGGGCCCGACCAUGCACCACCUAACCUCGGAAAGAGAACUUGCGUUCCCAUCUCCAAAACCCUCGAUCAUACCUCCACAGCGCCAAGCCCUCCGCAU